GUGAUGACGCAAGGGCGUGCGCUCGGUGGCUCACAGAGGAAGAUGGCGCCUGCUCCUUUGGAGGAGAGGGAUUGAGAGAGGCGGAGGGAGGAGGCCAGACGGGAGAGACGUCUCCGACAGUGAAGACGAACGCUUCGCUCCCCAUUCAUUAGGAGCUCUGCUCGGCGCCGAAGGAAAAUAGAAGCAGAGGGAAUACUUCCUAAUUCAUUCCAUGAUGCCAGCAUUACCCUAAUAUCAAAACCAGACUAAGAAUUACAGGAGGAAAACUACAGAUCAGUAUCUCUUAUGAACAUAAACACAGAAAUCCUCAACAAAAUAUUAGCAAAUUGAAUCCAGCAAUGAAUAAAAAGAAUUAUACACAUCAUGACAAACUGGCAUUUAUUCCAGUGUCCUAGAACGAAAGCGUCACCAUGGCUACAGAAAUCGGUUCUCCUCCUCGUUUUUUCCAUAUGCCAAGGUUCCAGCACCAGGCGCCUCGACAACUGUUUUAUAAGCGACCUGAUUUUGCACAACAGCAAGCAAUGCAACAACUUACCUUUGAUGGAAAACGAAUGAGAAAAGCAGUAAACCGAAAAACCAUAGACUAUAAUCCAUCUGUAAUUAAGUAUUUGGAGAAUAGAAUAUGGCAAAGAGACCAGAGAGAUAUGCGAGCAAUUCAGCCUGAUGCAGGUUACUAUAAUGAUCUGGUCCCACCUAUAGGGAUGUUGAAUAAUCCUAUGAAUGCAGUAACAACGAAAUUUGUUCGAACAUCAACAAAUAAAGUCAAAUGUCCAGUAUUUGUUGUUAGGUGGACUCCAGAAGGAAGACGGUUGGUUACUGGAGCUUCUAGUGGAGAGUUCACCUUGUGGAAUGGACUCACUUUCAAUUUUGAAACAAUAUUACAGGCUCACGAUAGUCCAGUGAGGGCCAUGACUUGGUCACAUAAUGACAUGUGGAUGUUGACAGCAGACCACGGAGGAUAUGUGAAAUAUUGGCAGUCGAACAUGAACAACGUCAAGAUGUUCCAGGCACAUAAGGAGGCGAUUAGAGAGGCCAGUUUCUCACCCACGGAUAAUAAAUUUGCUACAUGCUCUGAUGACGGCACUGUUAGAAUCUGGGACUUUCUUCGUUGCCAUGAGGAAAGAAUUCUCCGAGGGCAUGGUGCUGAUGUGAAAUGUGUAGACUGGCAUCCAACAAAAGGGUUAGUUGUUUCAGGAAGUAAAGAUAGUCAACAGCCGAUCAAGUUCUGGGAUCCCAAGACUGGGCAGAGUCUUGCAACACUUCAUGCCCAUAAAAACACAGUAAUGGAAGUGAAAUUAAAUCUCAAUGGCAAUUGGCUACUCACAGCAUCACGUGACCAUCUUUGUAAACUUUUCGAUAUACGAAACCUGAAAGAAGAGCUUCAAGUCUUCCGAGGUCAUAAGAAAGAGGCCACAGCUGUGGCCUGGCAUCCUGUUCAUGAAGGACUUUUUGCCAGUGGGGGUUCUGAUGGCUCUUUGUUAUUCUGGCAUGUUGGGGUAGAGAAGGAGGUGGGUGGAAUGGAGAUGGCCCAUGAAGGAAUGAUCUGGAGUCUGGCUUGGCAUCCUCUUGGACAUAUUCUCUGCUCAGGCUCAAAUGACCACACUAGCAAAUUCUGGACCCGAAACCGACCAGGUGAUAAAAUGCGAGAUCGAUAUAAUCUAAACCUGUUACCUGGAAUGUCUGAAGAUGGAGUAGAAUAUGAUGACCUUGAACCUAAUAGCCUUGCAGUAAUUCCAGGGAUGGGAAUACCGGAACAACUAAAAUUAGCUAUGGAACAAGAGCAGAUGGGGAAAGAUGAAUCAAAUGAAAUUGAAAUGACAAUUCCAGGUUUAGAUUGGGGAAUGGAGGAGGUGAUGCAAAAGGAUCAGAAAAAAGUACCUCAGAAGAAAGUUCCUUAUGCAAAACCUAUUCCUGCUCAGUUCCAGCAGGCUUGGAUGCAAAAUAAAGUUCCAAUUCCUGCCCCAAAUGAGGUGCUGAAUGACAGAAAAGAGGAUAUUAAAUUGGAAGAGAAGAAAAAAACACAAGCAGAAAUUGAACAAGAAAUGGCUACAUUACAGUAUACUAACCCACAGCUUCUGGAGCAACUUAAAAUUGAAAGACUUGCACAGAAACAGGCUGAGCAAAUUCAGCCUCCUCCUUCAUCUGGCACCCCUCUCCUCGGACCCCAGCCCUUUCCAGGACAAGGUCCAAUGUCUCAGAUUCCUCAAGGUUUUCAACAGCCCCAUCCAUCUCAGCAGAUGCCAAUGAACAUGGCUCAAAUGGGGCCUCCAGGUCCACAGGGACAGUUUAGACCCCCUGGACCCCAGGGUCAAAUGGGACCACAAGGUCCUCCACUGCAUCAGGGAGGUGGGGGGCCACAAGGAUUCAUGGGACCACAAGGGCCCCAGGGCCCACCCCAGGGGUUGCCGAGGCCUCAGGACUUGCAUGGGCCCCAAGGAUUGCAAAGGCAUCCUGGACCUCAUGGCCCUUUGGGACCUCAAGGACCACCAGGACCACAGGGUAAUUCUGGUCCUCAAGGUCAUAUGGGUCCUCAGGGUCCACCUGGCCCACAAGGUCACAUAGGCCCCCAAGGCCCACCUGGUCCCCAGGGUCACAUGGGCCCUCAGGGGCCUCCUGGUACUCAAGGUAUGCAGGGACCACCUGGUCCCAGAGGAAUGCAAGGACCUCCUCAUCCUCAUGGGAUACAAGGCGGGCCAGGGUCUCAAGGGAUCCAAGGUCCUGUGUCUCAGGGACCUCUGAUGGGAUUGAAUCCAAGAGGAAUGCAGGGUCCUCCAGGCCCCCGAGAGAAUCAGGGUCCUGCUCCCCAAGGGAUGAUGAUGGGCCACCCGCCUCAAGAGAUGAGAGGACCUCACCCUCCAAGUGGACUACUGGGACACGGCCCUCAGGAAAUGAGAGGCAUGCAGGGGCCUCCACCCCAAGGAUCAAUGCUGGGCCCUCCCCAGGAAUUGCGAGGGCCUCCAGGCUCACAAGGUCAGCAGGGGCCGCCCCAGGGCUCUUUGGGACCUCCACCCCAGGGUGGCAUGCAAGGGCCCCCUGGACCUCAGGGACAGCAGAACCCGGCAAGAGGGCCACAUCCAUCUCAAGGGCCAAUAUCAUUCCAGCAGCAGAAAACAGCUCUGCUAGGUGAUGGGCCCCGGGCCCCCUUCAAUCAGGAAGGACAGAACGCAGGCCCCCCACCCCUGAUACCAGGCCUAGGGCAGCAGGGAGCACAAGGUCGCAUCCCCCCUCUUAACCCUGGACAAGGACCUGGCCCUAACAAAGGUGACUCACGUGGCCCUCCAAACCAUCACAUGGGCCCAAUGUCCGAGAGGCGGCAUGAGCAGAGCAGUGGCCCUGAGCAUGGUCCAGAGAGGGGCCCUUUCCGGGGUGGCCAGGACUGCAGGGGUCCCCCUGAUAGGCGCGGCCCUCACCCCGACUUCCCUGACGACUUCAGCAGACCAGAUGACUUCCACCCUGACAAGCGCUUUGGCCACCGAUUGCGUGAAUUUGAGGGGCGAGGAGGACCUUUACCACAAGAAGAGAAGUGGAGGCGUGGGGGCCCUGGGCCUCCGUUUCCUCCUGAUCACAGGGAAUUCAGCGAGGGGGAUGGCCGGGGAGCAGCCCGGGGCCCUCCAGGGGCAUGGGAAGGCCGCAGACCUGGUGAUGAACGAUUCUCCCGGGAUCCUGAGGACCCACGUUUCCGAGGGCGCAGAGAAGAAAGCUUCAGAAGAGGAGCACCCCCGAGACAUGAGGGCCGUGCUCCCCCCAGAGGAAGGGAUGGUUUUCCUGGUCCUGAAGACUUUGGUCCAGAGGAGAAUUUUGAUGCUUCUGAUGAAGCAGCUCGAGGAAGAGAUCUCAGAGGUCGAGGUCGGGGUACGCCACGAGGAGGAAGGAAGGGUUUACUUCCCACUCCUGAUGAGUUCCCUCGCUUUGAAGGAGGACGGAAACCAGACUCCUGGGACGGAAAUAGAGAGCCAGGGCCGGGCCACGAACAUUUCCGUGACGCUCCCCGCCCUGAUCAUCCCCCUCACGAUGGUCAUUCCCCAGCUAGCAGAGAACGUUCCUCUUCUCUCCAAGGCAUGGACAUGGCAUCCCUGCCACCCCGAAAGCGCCCCUGGCAUGAUGGGCCAGGGACCUCUGAGCACAGAGAAAUGGAAGCCCCAGGGGGGCCUUCUGAGGAUCGAGGGGGCAAAGGCCGAGGGGGCCCAGGACCUUCCCAGAGAGUGCCAAAAUCUGGGCGUUCCAGCUCCUUGGAUGGAGAUCACCAUGACGGAUACCACAGAGAUGAACCUUUUGGGGGCCCUCCAGGCAGUGGUACACCUUCUAGAGGGGGCCGCAGUGGCAGUAACUGGGGUAGAGGGAGUAACAUGAACUCUGGGCCGCCACGGCGAGGAGCUUCAAGGGGUGGUGGAAGGGGUCGGUAGAAGUUGGGGCUGAGUACCCCUAGGCUUCUCUGGACAGUAUUUAAGAACUUCUUGUGGACUUACCAAGAGAAACAAAAGGAAGCCUUGCACCAUGUAGCCAUGAACUCUUUUCUGGGGCAGCUGAAUCCCAGGAGCCCCUAAGGAGGUCUUCAAGACGAAGAGACUGCUGCUGGCUACCCAGAGUAGCUGGCCUCGUUUUGUUCUGUCCACCCUCACUGCCCUAACUUCCCACAUUGUUUUGUGAAGAUAAAAGCUGGAAUUUUCUUUUUUUAAGUGUCAAAAGACACGGAGCACCUCCACAAAUUUCAGUUCAUGUCCAAUUGGAAAUUUGUUUCUAUAUGUACAGUUUGUCAGAGAAAAGACAUUAAGUUGUUUUUGUAUGAAUACAGAAUGUGAUUUACGCAAGAAUUAACAGAAAA